GGUUAAUUUGGGUUCGUAACCGGAUUUAUAUUUCUUGUUUUUAGCACUUUCAUAUUAAUGGCAGCCUCCAUCAUCGAAAUUCUGUCCCCUGAAUAAUCUGACACGACACUUAUAUUCAAUCGAAUCGAAGAUGACACAAGAACUUAUACAGAAUUUGAUAGAUGUCAUGGACAUAGCUCACAGCCAGAGGGCUCAGCUGACAGAGUUAUUACCUCCCUUACAAGAGGCCCAGGAUCAGAUUCGCUAUAGUAAAACAGAAUCUUGCCAAAAUCUGACUGAUUACUUCGACAAAGUCAAAGAAAAUGUGAUAGAAAAUAUCAACAAGAGGCUAACACAUCUACUGUCAAAAGUGGAGUCAAUAGCUAAUGAAGCAUUAGAGCCAUUACGACAGUGUGAAGAUGUCAUUAAUCAGAGUUUAGCAGCAGCAGCCAGAAUUAUGCAGGAUGGUAAAGCACUUUUAAACAACAAUCCAGGCGACAAUAUAGAGGGUCUUGUGAAAUUCAAGGACAAUCCAGAUAUAAAAGCACUUAGCAGCAUUCCAGAAGUUCCCAGUUUACCAGAUGUGCCUUACAUUAGUAUAGAAGUAUCAUCAGAAUUAGAGGAGAAAUUGGCAGAGUUUAUAAGUCAGGAGGGCAGAAUAUUAGAAAGAGCUCCAGUUCAGAUUAUUGAUAUUAUAGAGAGACCUGGUGGCCUAACUGUUAAAUGGAGUGAAAUUGAUGAAGAAAUAGAACCAGGAGAUUUCUGUUUAGAGUUUACCAGUGGCAGUAUAAAGUUUGACAGUAAAUCAGUAACAUUCCACAGUUCAUACAAAGGACCAGCCACAUCUCAUACAGUCAGACAUCUACGUACAAACAUGCCAUAUUCUUUCCGUGUUCGAUGUCGAUGUGAAAACAGCAAUAAAUGGAGUGCCUGGAGUGUACCAAGAGUUGCAAUGACAACUAUACCACAUUAUGAAUGGUCUAUCUGUGAUCCUGAGUAUGACACAAGUAAUGAGAAUAAGACAGCUACAAGGACAAAUGAAGGUGAAACAAAAGUAUUAUACUCCAGUAGCAAUAGCUACCUAGCUGGAGGUUCUGUUACAUUUAGACUACUGGAUGCUGGAGAGAGUUCUCCACUUGAUGGAGUAGGAUUAUCUAUAGACAAUCAGGAUACAACGACUCUGCAGAGAGAAAAUGCAGUCUUUUUAACAACUAGAGGAUGUGUAUUUGUAAAUGGUCAAGAAAUGAAGAACAAAUUACCUGAUUUGACAAAAGGCACAAAGUUAAAUGUGGAGACGGAGGUUUUGUCUAGUGGAAAGAUACGGGUCAGUUUAGAGGUCCAAGACAAAGCUGUCACAUUUGACUGGAAGAUAAAUGAGGAAUUGAAUAUCACACAGCUAGCAGGGAUGGGAAUGGGAGGAACAUCAGACAAACAGUUAUACUUUGGUAUAAUAUUUAGUCAUGAAGACUGGAAAAUUGGAGUUGAAUGAUAAAACACAUUUUUUUUAAACCUUUAAUGGCAUAGGGAUUUGAAAUAGAAUGAGAUUAAACUGUAGAGAGUAUAAAGUUCAGGGAUCAUUAUAGUACUUAAAUUAUAAAAAAAAUAUCAUAAAGCUUUUAUAAUAUUACAAAAAUCAGUAAUUAUUCUCUUAAUUUGUAUUUGUUAACAUUUUAUGAUCAUAAAAGUCAGGCAAAGCCAGUGGUCAAAAAUCAACAUCAGAAAAAGUUUGGUAUAUUGUUUACAUUUAUACAAUUAUAAAACAGUAACACCUGACUAAACCGAACCCUUUCGAUUUUGAACUUGAGAUUUUGUUCAGUUUUGGCAGGUAUUCUGUGUAAUCAGGUUCAUAAUGCAUAAAAUUGAUAUGAUUGGUCUUCAGAACAAGUUUGGAUUAGACAGGUUUGUUCAGGGUUCGGUUUAAUCAGGUUUUACUAUAGUUAUUAAGCAAGUGACAAAGAACAAUUAUCAGGUUCUUGCACUUUGUCUGUGCUGUCCAUUAGAAUGCUAGACAUUUAUCCAUGGCAGGAUAUCAUUUGCACUUGCUUGUUCACGAACUAUAAAUUUUUUGCUUAGAGCACUAUUCACAAAUAUUUUUGAAGGAGCUUGUAUUAUUGAAUAUUUCACCAAUUUAUGAUGGACCAGGUACUAACCAGUUACAUUUUCCCAUUCACUUUAGUAUUAUUGAACAAUAUGCUUGCCACUGGAAAAGAGAUGGGGAAAAUUUUAUACUUCUAGCUACCAUUAUAUUUACUAUAUAAUUUUUAUUUUGUUAAUGCAAUGUAGGUAUAUAUUUUAUUCUGGUUACUUUUGUGUAUUGUUUUUGUGUAACAUUUCUUCAGUAUUUUACCAAUCAUGAAAUAAGUAAAAUAUUUUACUUGCUCAAAUGGUUCAAAACUUGUACUGGAAAAGCAUUGAUUACGGAAGACCAUUCAUUUAGAUUCAUUGUGAUUAGCCAUGGGAACAAGACUUGUAGUAGUUUACGGAGGGAUCAGUAUGUUGAAUCGUGUUUUAUAAUUUGUGGAUUGUUAUAUUUUUGUGUGUUUUAAUGAUGUAUUUAGAAUUUUGUAAGAAUGAAAAUAUAUUUAAGUAUAUUAUUUUUCUAGUCAUAACGAUGUAUAGAUAUUUGCUUGUUUCAUAGUGGUGCUUCCAUUGAAUAUAUAAUUGUGCUUAUUUACAACAGUUCAAUUCAUGUAUAUUUUUUUGUCAUUUUAAAAAUGACAUUUGUAUUGAUUUAAAUAAUUUUUAUUUCAUAAGUGCUAAAUAUUGUAUGAUCAUUUGAUUAGAAAGACCAUUCUUAGUUCCAACAUCACCCAAAUUUACUGGAAGUGAAACUUUGGAUAUACUUAUAAGUAGCACCAAUGGUAAUAGCAUCAACAUUGGGUGUUGCUCUACAUGUGCUCCAGCUUUCUCCAAUAAAAACUGACUGUCAGGAUAUAGCACAAAAGUGAUGAAAGUGGCAUUUAACACCAAUCAUUCAAUCAAUCAUUAUUCGACAAAAGAAAAUUAAAUUUUAUCACCUCAUUUAAAGUGUUUUACUUAAUUUGUUUAGAGGAAGAGACAUGUCAGUCAGUCAUUGUCUCAAAAUCUUGAUCUCAGUUUUAUGCAUAAGAGCAAUGAAAAUUGCAUUCUAGACCUGUUCCUCAGUAGCAAUGAAAAGUCAUCAAUGCUUGGUUUAGGGAUAAAUUAUAAGGAGUAUAUGCAUGUUUAUCUGACAUAACACAGGGUCAAACGUAAAAAUUAUGUGGCCUUAACGUCCCACUAGGGAUGAAGAGGAUAAGUAAGUAAGUAAGUCAACACAAAAAUUCCCCAAAAUACAAAGAACAGCAGGGCCAAUUUUUUAGAAUUUAUAUCAAAAGGAGCUAUAACACAUUUUCACAUUUCAAUUUCAGGCGAUGAUCAGGAAUAGGUGACAAUAUGCAGAAAAGCAUAUUGAUAUUUGGGAAAUGAAUCCAUUGUAAGAAGUACUGACAUAUGUCAUUUGGUCAUGAUUUAAUAUUUUAUGCUCUGGUGGUCAAGCUUUAUUUUCAGCAAUAAGACUCCUAUCCUAGUAACUUUAUCAGACAUGUCACCUUUAUGUUUAUUUGUAAUUUUCUGUUUUGCUGUCCAUGUGAUCUGUCUAAAAUGGGUUUGGCCAUGUUUUCACUAUGUUUCAAGAUUUAUUCUGAUUAGGACUACUCUAUAACUAGGAAUGAAUAAUAAUUUGUUAUUUCAGAAUCUAUUGGACUAUGGGUAAUUUUAUUGUUUGUACCCCAAAAUAAAAAUAUUGUCGGGUCAUUGGUUAGAUUUCAAUUGUUUAAGACAUUUUCAACCAAUAUUGGUAAUUUCAAUGUUCGUACCUUAAUGGUGUACAUUUUUGAAAAUAUUACCCAUAAUGCAAAUGGUUCUGAAACAUCAAAUUGCAGAUUCAUAUGGCAGAUCAGCUGUGUAUCUUUUAUUCAUUCAUUUUAUGGAUCAUAUAUUAGUUUGAACUCAAAUUUAUUAUUUCAUACCUCCACAUUUUUGCAAUCCAUCUGAGGUCAGGUAAAUAAGUUUAAUUAAUGUUGUAGAGAAGUUUAUGACAAUGUUAUACAUUGUUGAAAUAAUGUUUAUUAGCUAAUUGCUAAUUGCUUCUUUAUAAUGAAGUAAUAAUUCCAGUCACUGCUUAAAAUUUGUACAUAUCCUAGAUAUAAAAUAUUAUCACUGGAUUGUUAUAUUUUUACCAUGCUCAAUAUAAUAAAGAUAUGACAUAUUAUCUCUUA